CGGUCUUAUGCUAUGCAUAUGCAGUUAUGUCAAUUUGUGUGCGAUAGCCCUUACUCUGCAUGUAAUUUCACCCUAAAUAUUGUGUCCUUAUAGGUAAUGUUAGGUUAGUACACAUAUGACAUAUUUGGCGGCAACUUGUCCAUCUUAAACUCACAAUUGAAGAGAGGUUGAAAAUAUUUGAGAGAUUCGUUAAAAAUGAUUGUUAAAUUAGACAAGAUAAUAAGCUAUUCCUCAGAGCAUCCAUCGUAUCCUGCUGCUAAUCUUCUUGAACGUAAUUCAGAAAAAUGGAAAGCGUGGCGAUGCGCCAAACCAGGGGAAAUGCUCGCCCAUGUCAUCUUCCAACUCACGGAAUCGUCUUAUAUUACUGGAGUUGAUAUCGGUAAUUUCCAGAGUUGUAUAGUGAUUGUUACUGGAUCCACAGCAUCUGAACCUGAUAACUGGAUGGUUAUUGUGAACCAUAAAUUCAUGACAAAUGACGAAGCCGCAAAUAAUAAAUUUAAAGAUCAGGUACAAAUAUUCACAAAGAGAGAGUUGAAUCCUGAUACACUGAAAAUUAAAUUUGAUCGAAUUAAGGUUACCUGCAUGCAGUCAGCAAAUUUGAAAAUAUUAUUUGGGCUAUCAUAUAUCAUUCUACGAUCAGAUGCUAUAGUUGAUUUAGGUUUAGAUAUGUUUGGCAAAUUUAAAUUGAAGCAACCACAUGUCAUGAAGACCCCCAUGGAGAUGAUGAAGGAAAAGCUCACUAAAGUAGAAGAUAAAAAAAUAGAUUACAAAGAAGAGUUACGUGAGCAAAUAAAAAAGAAUUCAAUAGAAAGUUUCUCUAGGUCUCAACAGGAGAAAAAGCCUAUGAAAAGACCAUUGUUGGAAAAGCUAGAAGCUGGAAAAUCUGAUGAAAUUUUUGGAAAGAAGGAUAAAGAGACUUCAAACUGCCAACUGCAAAAAAAUAAAAAUGGAACAUCUGAUAGCGAACCUAAAAGUACUGAAGUUACAUUGAAUAAAAAAGCAGUUGUCAGAACUCCCUUUGGAGAUAUAGUACCUUCAAAAAAUACUGUUAAAAAUGGUAUAACAGACGCUGCUAAGAGUCCUUCAAAUUCUAAAAAACGACCCUUGAGUGAGUUAGAUACUUCAUCAAAUGUAAAAUUCAAUGAGAAGAGACAGCGGUGCACGGAAUGUUGCAAAGAAUCACAGGACCAAUUGUGUAAGACUUGUCAACGAUUGUCGCAGCCUGCAACUGCUGAAAAUACUACUUCAGAAACAAAACACAAUACUCCUGCAAGAUGUAAAAAGCUGUUUAAAGAACUGUUCAGUGGCACUACCUUUUCACUCAGUGGAUACGUUAAUCCACAGAGAGAUGAAAUUAGAAGGAAAGCAUUGAAUAUGGGUGCAAAGUACAUACCUGAACCAAAUACAACUAAUAAAAAAUGUACCUAUUUGAUUUGUGCUUUCAAAAAUACACCAAAAUAUCAACAGUUCAAAAAUCAUACAAAGAUUGUUUCUCAUACUUUUAUUGAGGAAUGUUUUGAUAAGAAAACAAGAUUCCCUUGGAGACGAUAUGCUUUAGAUCAGAAGGACAGAUCUCAGUCUGAAAGCGAAGAAGAAAUUGACAGUAAUCAACCACAAUCUGCAUAUGAUAUGGACACUGAUGCUGAUUCUGAUUAUUGAUAUUUCAGUUUAAAAUGUUUCCAUGCAUCUUUAAAAAAUUCAUUAUUAUACUUUGAUAAUUAUGCAUGUACUGUCAGAUCAAAUAGUUGUCACUUACUAAAAUUCUAUCUUAAAUUUAUAUACUUUUUAUUAUUUCAAUAUUUAUUCGAAUAUAUACAUUUAGUGCAGUAAUUAAAAAAUUUUAGUGAAAGCUGAAUAUUUGUAUAAACUUAUGUACAUACAUAGGUAAGUUUGUAUUUUGGACAGACUAACUGGAAUUAUAACAAAAAAAUAAUUAUAAUUUGUGGAAAAAAUAAAGUAGAUUAUUUUAUUAUA